AUAAUAAUAAUAAUAAUAUAAGGACACGUUCUGGUAAUAUCAUAAUCCUUUGGUUUUAUCAAGAAAUUCUUUAUAUAUAAUAAAUGUAAAUAAACAGGGCGACUCAGGACAAUAUGAACCCCGUUUUUUUUGUUGCGUAGUAUCGCGAGAACAGAACGAAUGCCCCCCUCCUGAACGAGAAGACGCUGAGCUGUGUGUGUGUGUGUGUUGUGACCAUGGUUGUGACGCUGCGUGGGGGUGUUCUGUUCUCCUGAUGUCAUUAAGGCAGAAAGGGAGGCUGAGCUAACUAACGGUGUAACGGAGGAGGAGGAAAGAAGCACAACAAUAACCGUCCACAUCGGGACUUUAUAACGUCUCUAUUCUGGGGGGAUUUAAAUACGCAGCUUUAAAUAACGUCUCCUCAAGAAGAAGAAGAGGAGGAAGAGGAGGAGGUGAAGCUAACGGACUGUAAAGUACCAGAUGCUCUUCCUGAUGGCUGAUGGGUAUUCUGGUUCUCCUGACGGCUAACGGGUAGCUAGAGACGCGGAUACUCACUGCGAAGCGAGGAGAGAGGGCUUUCUUUACUUCCACCUCCUUGUUUUGUGUCCUGACAUGCUAAAGGAGUCGUGGUGUCGGCCGUCGAGCAGCCUCUGGGCCGCAGCUCGACACACAGAGCCCGGACUAGCUGUGGAACUAGCUUAGCUUGAGCUAGCCGUGCAGCUGUACCCUGAUGCUGCUGCUGCUGCUGCUGCUAAACGGAUCCGAGAGACGACACAGGAGCAGGAGGGCCUCUGGUGCUGCUGGGGAGUGAGCUGCUGUUUCACCUUACUGGACUACAAACAUUUGAGGCAUUUGAGAUGUGAUGCAUUUGUUUUGUGGUGUUUUUUUGGAGUCCUUUUUGUUGCUGGAGGCUCUCACUGAGGAGCUAAGGUUGCUGCAAAAAUGCCCAGCAGAAGAACCACCACAACAGCAGCAGCAGCAGCAGCAGGCUCCUGUUGAAGGAGGGCUAGACUGAUAACAGCCCACCUGGUGGUCACAUUUUGGACAAUUCCCACCACCACCUGCACCUUUUUUUGUUCCCCACAUCAUCAUCAUCAUCAGCUGGAGAUAUGGAUAAACUGACUAUCAUUUCAGGGUGCCUGUUUCUGGCUGCAGAUAUCUUUGCAAUAGCCAGCAUUGCAAACCCAGACUGGAUCAACACUGGUGAAUCAGCAGGUGCCCUCACAGUCGGUCUAGUCCGGCAAUGUCAGACCAUCCACGGACGAGACCGGACCUGCAUUCCACCUCGGCUGCCCCCGGAGUGGGUCACGACGCUUUUCUUCAUCAUCAUGGGCAUCAUCUCCCUCACAGUCACCUGCGGACUGCUCGUGGCAUCGCACUGGCGCCGAGAAGCCACCAAAUACGCCCGAUGGAUCGCCUUCACCGGCAUGAUCCUGUUCUGCAUGGCGGCGCUCAUCUUCCCCAUAGGCUUCUAUAUCAACGAGGUGGGAGGCCAGCCGUACAAGCUGCCCAACAACACAGUGGUCGGCUCGUCGUACGUGCUGUUUGUCCUCUCCAUCUUCUUCACCAUAGUGGGACUUCUGUUUGCAGGCAAAGUUUGCCUCCCGGGCUGAGGACUCGACCGUGCCCGCCUCUGGACUGAAACAAGAGGCUCUGAAAACGCUAUGGGAUUUACAAAAAACACAACAAUGACUGAAAAUCAAAAACAACAAACUCUGAGAAACAGGGAAGUCUUUGAUUAUGCGUCAAGGGACCGCUGCACCACGGAGUACCUAACGACUAAAAAAAGAAAACGAACAAGACACUAAAAGGGGGGGACAUGGGCACAAAGGGGUGGAGGAGCGAGAGAGAGAAAGAGAGAGGGCAGCCGAGGCUGUCGCAGCACCCUGCCACUGUUGAUUUAAAAUAUGGCCGUCUCUGUUGUUGUUCUGUUGGAGAAGGGUGCUUAAUGUGCUGCUGUCAUGGCAACUGCGGCCACAAUGCUGGCGCACAUUUCUUGAGGACCACUGCAGCCACUCCUCAACUUGACCCCCCGGCCGCCCGCUGCACCGCCCGCCGCACACAUCAGCGCCGUCACGACUGCUCCCGUUGCUAUUUUUGGCUUCUCUUAGCUAUUUCAGUUGUGUGUUUUUUUUGUUGUUGUACAUUUUGUGUUCUUUUUUUUUGUUUUGUUUUUUUCCUUCCUCCCCCCUCCCCCACUCCCCCACCCCUCCUGCCGCCUUUUCACUGAAGUAGCUUGAGUGUAAUUGAGGUUCACUGAACUGAAUCCUUGAGGGGGGUUUUUCUGCCAGCUCGGCUUCAGAGCUGGGUUUAUUCUCGCCUGUCACUUCACGAGGCCCCAGGUGUGUGGCUGGGGAGAGCAGCUGUGAGCACAGCUGUCCGGGCCAGCUCACGGGCUGCUGUGGACGAGAGGAAGGUGCAGGUGUGCCCGCCUCUUACUUUCCAACCAGCUGCAGCUCAGGAGCAGGUAGCAACGAUGGGGUGACCUCCCUGGGCGGCAGAACAGGAGGUCAAGUACCAUAAAGGAGAAUGCCACUCAAUAUAAGACCUUGCAUUAUGUUAUUUAUAUGGAGUAUUAGUGAGUAUUAUUUUGCUAAGCUAAACCCAUGAUAAACACAUUUUGCAAAUAACUAGAAGACUGUGAAUUUAGAGAAUAAUCAUCUUAACAUAAACACAACUCUUGUAUUUGUAGUAAUAGCCACGAGCAGCAGUGGCCUUUUCAAAGGUGUUAACAUUUCCGAAAGGUCGAGAAGAACUUGUAUAUCACUUAAUUAUAGCCGACAGUAUUGACUUUUUAUAAAUAGAAGCUGAAGUUACAUUAAGGUGUGAAAAUAACAUAUGUGAAUGCUGAAAAAUUGGUGGUAUUCUCCUUUAAUGUUGGACGGGAAAGAAGCGAGCCAGGAGCUUUUUUGUUUUUUUGUCUUGUUUUUGUAGAGGCACAGGGACUGCAGGUCAGGUCCAUGCAUGGGGCUGCGCCUCAGUGUGCUGCUUUUGAGGCCCGUGAAUGUCAAACACGCACACACACACACACACACAUAAAACCACCACACCGUCUUGUCUGUACGGCGCAAAUUCACAUAUUAGGGCUGCAGCGCAUUCCUUUUUUCAUUUGAAAUUGCUUAUUUUGUCACAAGAUCGGCUUUUAAUUUGGAGAACACAACGAAGUGCAAAAGUAAAAAAACGUCACACAGCUCUUCCCCUGUACACCGUGCUUUAUUCAGCGCACCAAAAGCUUUUGUCGAUCUUGAGUCCAUCACGAUGGUGUCUGAGGAUAUUUCUGGAUUGGGGCUCAUGCUCUUAAAGGGUAACUUUAGUAUUUUUCUACCUGGACCCUAUUUUCCCAUGUUUUUGUGUGUAAGUGACUAAUGGGAACAACGAUUCUUGAAAUUGGUCCCGUAUUGAGGGAGAACGCUGUAACCGUUAGCCGCUAAACGAGCUGUAAUGUAAUCAUUUCAAAGUGCUUGUUUAUGCCACUGACAGGCUCAGAUUGUUAUUAUAAGUGUCUGACAACAUUACCGAAAAGACCGUACUGAGAAAUCAAAUGUUUUUCUUACCUUUCACUUGAUCCGGUCUGUUUGUUAUUGUGUGUCUCGCUCGGAGAAGCCUCGUUGUGAAAUGUUGCGUCACAUCCACGUUGUCGAAAUCAUCUAAAAUACUCAGCCGUGACAUUGAAAAUCUUUUAGAUAACAUUGAGCUACGCUUUCUGUACUCCCAACACAUCAAACAUCGGCACGCCUCUCUCCACUCUCACUCACGUUUCCACCGUUGUCUCUUCCGGCAACAAGUCACAUGACACAAUAACAAACUUAAAGCGAAAGGUAAGAAAAAAAGUGUCAUUUCUCUGUAGGGUCCUUUCAGUGAUGUUGUCAGACACUUAUAAUAACAAUCUGAGCCUGUCAGUGGCAAAAACAAACACUUUUAGUGGACGUAAAUAAACACAAACACGGGAAAAUAGCGUCCAGGUUGAACCGAAGUUACCCUUUAAGCUCUGGAACUACAAAUCCCAUCAUUUGUAGGCUUUAAGGGGAUAUAAACAGGAAGUAUAAUGCUGCCAUGGAGGCAGUGAGUUUGUGAGCUUUGGACUACAACUUGAGCCCACAUUUUCCACAUUGUGACAAAUUGGCGUCAUUAAAAGUAUGCUGAAUUAGGUAAAAGUAGUUAUUUUUUGCAAUGUACCUAUGGAUAUACAGACAACUAUCACUGGAUUAUUUUGAUACAGAAGAAAACUUAAAAACGUGAUGAUUCUCAGGCAAGUUCUGGAGUUGAAAAUUGUCUUUUUUUCUAUUAUUUCUAAGCAGAUUAAUGGAUGUUUAUUCACGCUGGUCUGAACCAAAGCACCAAAUUCUGUAUUUGUUCACCACACGUUUCAAACUCACUAUUCAAAUUACUGUACACUUGUAUUUCCGUCUCUAAAAUUAGUUUAUUUUACAGUUGAUUUUAACACUCAAUUGUCACCUUUCAACCCAUUAUCAAAAUUGUUGCAGAUUCAUUUAUCACUCCUCCACAUAAACGUACAAUAAAACCCACAACUGUGCUUGUACUUUACAUGUUUACACUCUGCGUGUGUGUGUGUUGAAUCAAUCACGGAGCUCCGCCGCGAAGUCUUUUAAGUUUUGUUUUGUAUUUCCGUUUCCUGCUCGGCCUUUCUUCCUCUCGGUCUGACGAUGUAUACUGCUGACUCUACCCUCUGCAGUGCCCUCCCCGUCUCGGUUGGUUCAGUAUUGUGCCAUGACCUGUUUUUGUUUAAUAAUGUACAGACACACAAAAAGGCAGGAUUUCUGUAUUAGGAAAGCACUGUGCAUUCAACAGUUUAGGUAACAGAAAUAGAAGCACCACAAAUGUAUAAAAAAAAGAGAACUUCUUACCUCAUUGUUUUUGUUUCUGCUAUUAUUUUCUAAUGGUGGCAAUGUGUGCCCUCUAAUUUGUCUCUUGCCUUGAUCGGAUGUCUUCACAUAAAGCCUAUGAUCAUAGGAAAUUAUUUAUCACUGAAUAAAAAGAGGAAAAAUGUG